UUUUUUUAUAGUUUCAAGUAUUAUUUAUACUGUGAUUUUAUUGAUCCUUUGUGUAUUUGGGUGAACUUUUGGUAAGUGUUUAGAAAUUUGUAUGAUUUGUAUUUUGCUCAUCUCGUGGAUAUGUUGGACUUUAGAAUGCAUAAGAUUUACUCUCAUGUGGCAUUGAACUUGUCUUUCAUUUUGGUGGGUAUCCUCCUUUGUGCGGGCUGGGCUUAAAUGGAGAAAAAGGCAAAUGAAGAAAAAAUACAAAUAUAUAUGUUUAGUCCAAGACUAAUACUUAUCAGCAUGAAUAUCAAAUAUAUAGACAAGGAAUUGAUUUUUUCAUAAGAUAUCAAUUGUUUAGUAUUGUCUUUUCGGGAGAUGCUCAUUCGCAAGGAAAAGUUUGUCUUAAAGCCUUGAUGACGACACUGAAGCUCACAAUAAAUGAGGCGAAGCGUCCAACAUGUUUCGAGGCUCGCUUUAGGGCUUAAGCGUGCUUUAAACGCGCCUUUGACAAUUUUGAUUUUAACACUGUAAUCCUAUUUAAAUUACAGUGUAGACCUUGCAUAUAUAGCAUAAUUCAUGUAUGUCUUUUUUUGGUUAAAUAUUUAUUUUGGAAAACAGCCGAUACUAGUAAUCAUUCUACAAUCAUGUAAAUCUAGUAAUCCUUUUUUGAGACUGGUAAAGAAUUGUGUAUAUUAAUCAAAGAAAUCUGGUACUAAGUUGGUACUAGAGAAUUACAAUGAUCGGAACGUUUCUGCUAGAGAAACAGAAGGAAAUGGUUCCAUCGGUACAAGAUUCUAGUCCUGCGUUGUCAAUGACAGGCAUAUGUCCCAUUUCAGAUCUUUGAAAUAUUAACAUCACUUUGUGAUAAGUAUCAAAUGUUCCCCCUUCAAGAAGCAGAGGAAGAAGAUAGUCCUAAAUUCAGUUGGGGUGCCAAGAAGGGAAAGGGUGCCCUUCACAAGGACAUCCAAUUUUACAAGUCAUUCACUUAUGAUGGGGUUGAAUUCAACUUAUAUGAUUGUGUUUACAUGUGUCGUCGUGGUGAAGAGGAGCCAGACAUUGGAAAGAUCGUUAAGGUGUGGGAAACGAAAACACGGAAAAGGAUAGUCAAGGUGGUAUGGUUUUUCCGUCCAACCGAGAUAACUCAUUGGUUGGAUAAUAUCAAGGUGCUUGGCAAUGAGUUAUUCUUGGCUUCAGGAGAAGGCGUAGGGCUUUCAAAUUGUAAUCCGGUGGAAGCCAUCACUGGUAAAUGCAAUGUUGUCUGCAUAUCAACUGAUAGGAGGAACCCUCAGCCAAAAGACGAAGAUUUGGAAACAGCUGAGUUUUUCUUUUAUCGCACCUUUGAUGUCAGAACUCGCGAGAUAUCUGAGGAAUUUCCAAAUUCAAUAGUGCAAAUUGAAGUGGAGCACUUCUUUAAUAAGGUGACAGAUCAGAAGCAGCCUCUUCAUUAUGGAGGAAAAGGAAGUCUUGAAAAGCCACAUUCAUUUGGAGGAGCAACAAUUAAAACAACGCUGAAAGAUGGCCAGCCAGGAAGAAACAUUCAGUCGAUGCUGCCACCUGUGACUCUGGUCAAACAAACUAAAUCCUCCACAAAAGAUGUUGCUAUGGCAAGAACAGACCAGUGCACUACCAUUUCACAGUGUCAGGUGACGGAAGUGGUAGAAAAAGAACUGAAUAAAGUCACAAUUCGUUUAGGUGGACAAGGCAGACAGGGCAAUAUUUCUGAGACGGAUAAAACUGUUGCCAGAACUGAAGUAAAACAUUCAUAUUGUAUCUCGUUUACUAAUGCUUUGAAGAAGAGAAAGCUUCAAGACUUAUUAGAUACUACACCAUUUGGCCAACAUAAGGUCACCAAAUCCACGAGUCAGGUCAUUGAAGUAACGACAAGGGUGAAAGAGGGUGCUAGCACAUGGUUUAAGGAACAGCCAUGGAAUGAAAGACUCCAAGUAGCUCAAGAGCGAGGCACACUUGUGUUACUUGAGAAUCUUGAUCCUUCAUAUGCAUCAACAGAAGUGACGGAUAUUGUCUGGCAUGCCUUAAGGCAAACGGUUUGUGCAAAAAUGGUGCAACAUAACACCUUCUCUAAUCCCCUAAAUGCAGGAAAAGCAUUUGUUAUCUUCAAAUCAAGUGAUGCCGCAGAGAACGCCAUUUUUGAGUUGAAAAGGAGGUGCCUUGUGUUAGGUGAUGGAAGGCCAGUGGUUGCUCGGAGGGGAACUAUACAGGAACCAGUGAAAAGUAGAGACUUUCCUGGCCAUCUGUCCAUUGGAAAAAUCAAAUUUCAAAAGCUAGGAGAAGAAAUGAGAAAAGCAGUAUCAACAUCUCACUACUCCCAGAGCAACACAAUCGAACAUGAGAUGGCGGUUGAAUGGCGUGUUCUACAGGAAAAGUCAAGCAUGUGGUGGAAAGCUUUACAUCAGGAACAAGCAGCAGAAAUUGAACAGCUUAGAAGCAAGUUGAAAAACCCUAUUAAGAACUCUGUAUAGGAUCUUACGACUCCUUUUGUUGGCUUUCUUGUGUCCAAGAGGCAUACAGAGGUGUGGACCCUUUCUGGAUGUGGGGUUACACCUUGAGUACAGAGAUUUUGUUUUUGUCUGAUGAUAGAAUGCAACUUUUUGUGCAGCACAACCAAUGCUUCUUGUGUAGUUCACUGUAUUGGUGUGACUUCCAGAACUGUAGGCUGAUAGCUAUAAGGUCGUCAUUAAAUCCAUUACUUAAAAUUUUACGAACUUUCUUUUGGUGCACCAGAAGUGUCCCUGUUUUGCAAACUUAAAAGGGAUAAUUAUGUUCAUUGUGAUAUUACAGGGACAAAGUUAAACCAA